AAUUGGGUUUGUGUAUCUGUACAUGUAAAUUAUGCUUGAAUAAUUUAUAUUUCUUCAGGCACCUCUUUGAACAGCUUUGUCUUCAGCUGGAGGAGGAAGGUCCGGUUUGUUGUGGCAGUUAUAUAAAUGUCCAUGGGUUAAGUUAGCUGAAGCGGACGGGGUCUUUCUAUAAACCUUGACCAGAACAAUAUAAAAUAUUAUUAUCGAUACCUCCUUAAACUGCAACGAUGUCUUCGCCGCUCGCGAAGCCGCAGAUUAUCGCGCACAUUCAGAAGAGUCUGAACUACACGGUGUUUGACAGCAAAUGGAUCCCGUGCAGCGCGAGGUUCGUCUGCCUGGGAAACUUCGCCAGAGGAACCGGGGUGAUGCAGAUCUACGAGGUGGAGCACGGAGAGGCUCGUCUCAUCAAGGAGGUGGAGAAACCUAAGCCCAUAAAGUGUGGCACAUUCGGGGCCACCUCGCUGCAGCAAAGACACAUGGCAACCGGGGACUUUGACGGGAAUCUCAAUAUAUGGAACCUGGAGGCGCCGGACGUGUCCGUGUACAGCGUGAAGGCCCACAAAGAGAUCGUGAACUGCAUCGACGGGGUCGGCGGCCUGGGGAUCGGCGACGGCGCCCCCGAGAUCGUCACCGGAAGCCGGGACGGGACAGUCAAAGUGUGGGACCCCAGGCAGAAGGAUUCGCCCGUCGCCAACAUGGAGCCCGUGGAGGGAGAGACCAAGAGGGACUGCUGGACUGUCGCAUUUGGCCACGCCUUCAACGACCAGGACCGCUGCGUAUGCGCCGGCUACGACAACGGGGACAUCAAGCUCUUCGACCUGCGGAAUAUGUCCCUCCGGUGGGAGACCAACAUUAAAAACGGGGUGUGCUGCGUGGAGUUCGACAGGAAAGACAUCAACAUGAACAAGCUGGUCGCCACGUCGCUGGAGGGAAAGUUCCACGUCUUUGACCUGCGGACCCAGCACCCCACCAAGGGCUUCGCCUCCGUCUCUGAAAAGGCUCACAAGUCGACCAUCUGGCAGGUGAAGCAUCUGCCUCAGAACAGAGACAUCUUCAUGACUACAGGGGGAGCCGGCAACCUGCAUCUGUGGAAAUACGAGUAUCCCGCCCAGAGGAGCAGGACGGACUCCGACCAGACGGAGGUGGGCGUGGCCGGCUCUGUCAACCUGCUGCAGAACGCCACCCUGUCCACGCAGCCCAUCGCCAGCCUGGACUGGAGCCCCGACAAGCAGGGCCUGUGCGUGUGCUCGGGCUUCGACCAGUCGGUGCGCGUGCUCAUCGUCACCAAGCUGCACGCGGCCUGAAGACGGAGAGUCAGUCCGCAGACGUCCUGCUGCAGGUGCAUUCAGGAAAAAACCUUUGAGAAGAACUUUGAGAUCUCCCUGAGAAUAGCACACUGCUGAGUGACACAAAUGUUUGCUGUAUCAAAAGGAUUUCUCAUAUUAUUAAAGAAGGACUGAGACUGAGGGGAUGAAGAUUUCUUUAUCUGCUUUUGUUGCACCGUUAGAGGAUGAAGUUUUUUUUUUUUUUACAGUUUUAGUUUUAAAAUGUUUUUUAUUGAGGGAUUAAAGUGCCUUUGGACAAAA